AUGAAAACUAAAUUUAAAAUAUUUAAAUUAAUAUUUAUUAUAUUCAUUAAUUUAAUUAAAUCAUCAAAAGAUGAGGAAAUAAUAAUAUCCUCAACUAUUUCAUCCGAUAAAAUUAAUCCGGUUAAUGAGCAUGAAAGUAAAGACGAUGAAGGUUUUGAUGGAGAAUGUCCAGUAAUAAACAAAAAUAUACAACAACACCCAUCAACAACUGAUUGGUGCCCAAUCCAAUGUCUGAAUGAUUUGGAUUGUUCGGAAUUACCUAAUAGUCGUUGCUGUCCAAGUGAAUGUGGAGGGUGGAAAUGUAUAUCUAUUAGUACUAAAUUAAUUUCACCUUCUCGUCCACCUGUACAAAUCCAACCUUUAAAAAAUAAUUUAUAUAUUCAACAAUUAAAUGAAGGAAGGAAAAAUGAAAAAGAAAUUAAAAAAGGAGAUGGAGAACAAGAGAAUAUUGAAGAAGAAAGUUCCCCUAUAAAUUCUAUUUUACUUCGUCCAAAUAUAGAGAAUCCUUUAUUAAAAUGUGAACUGAUUAAGUGA